UCCUCAAAGCCCGGCACACGACAUGGCCUAUUGGAUCGAGUGGAGACCGGUGCUGGUGAUGCUGGCGGUGGACGUCGUGUUUGCGGUGAUGAACACGAUGAUCAAGAAGGCGAUCGACGAGGGGCUGAACAGGCUGGUGCUGAUCACGCUCCGGCAGCUGGUCGCCACUCUGUUCAUGGCUCCCAUCGCCUUCUUCCAUGAGAGGAAGACGAGGCCGAAGCUGACGAUGGAGAUCUGUGUGUAUCUGUUCUUCAGCGCCUUGCUCGGGGCGCCUCUGACGCAGUAUCUCUUCUACCUUGGAAUGCAAUACACGUCGGCGACGUUUGCAUGUGCUUUCCUCAACAUGGCUCCUGUCUUCACCUUCCUCAUAUCAUUAGCCCUGCGGAUGGAGUCUCUGAAUCUGAAGACCAAACCAGGGAUCGCAAAGACGCUCGGAACAUUGCUGUGCCUGAUAGGCGUGAUUGCGCUGACAUUGUACAAGGGUGUAGCCUUGAACAGCGACGCAUCGCCUCGAUCGACGGCACCGGAGCCGCAGCAGUCGUCGCCGGACGCCACGGACUACACCUCAAGGAAAUGGCUGAUGGGAUCCGUUGCGCUGCUUGCUGGUUCUUUCUGCUGGUCCGCUUGGUUCCCUCUCCAGUCCAAGGUCGGCAAGAAGUAUCCGGCUCUCUAUUCCUGCACUGCGCUAGUGUUCUUCCUCAGCUUCCUGCAGGCGGCUGCCAUGAGCGUGGCCGCAGAGAGGAGCCUCUCCGUGUGGCUGUUGCAGAAGAAGAUGGAGAUCGCCACCGUACUGUUUGCGGGGUCCAUGGGAUCUGGACUCGGCUUCUUGGCCAUGUCAUGGUGCGUGGAGCAGAGAGGGCCGGUGUUCACUGCGGCGUUCACGCCGCUCGUGCAGAUCAUCGUUGCGGGCAUCGACUGCGCCGUCCUCCAUGAACAGAUCUACCUCGGGAGUGUUCUGGGAUCGGGUCUGGUGAUUGCCGGCCUCUACUCAUUGCUGUGGGGUAAGAACAAGGAACCUGGUAUCCGUGAAGCCAAGCCAGCAGAAGGGAAUGGGGAGAACCAAGUGCAGCUGCAGACAGCGUGAAGAACCAACAUCUUCUUCUCUUUAGCUUUCCCAAAAGGCUUACUGUGCGGCUUUUAGCUUGCGAUGCAUACAUAGAUGCUUAGAAAAGGAGAGAGGCCGAACUCCUCGUGUUGUGUGGCAGAGGUAUUUUUUGCUUGGAUGAUGUAAGUUUCUGGCCAUGGAGGGGAGGGGGAACAAUGUUCAGCUCACACUGCCA